CUUCCGCGUAGGUGUUCCACUGUGAGUGGAAGUAAAGUUCAAUGGAAGUACACAUCAGCGAUUGUUGAAGAAAACAUGACAUUUGUAACGAUUUGAUGUAUCCAGAUAUUUCACUUAGUAGACCCUUGAAUCCCGCUUUUUUCCCCCGUUUAUGUUGUGUGAAUGUGUAAUCCGGUGCACCCCUCUAACUUGUUAGCUAUCUGACUAUAUAGCACUUAAGACAGUUCUCGGGCUAGCUAGCUAUAUCUGGUUACUGACUCUGUAGAUUUGGUGUCCUGUUCUGGGAAUGGAGAAUGGAUUGUGGUUUAUGUGAAUUGAUUCAGUGCCUCGCUGCUUUGGCCAUCGUUGGUUUACUUGUGAUUUUCCUAAUUGCACAUUUUAGUGCUUCUGGUAUGGUUGAUGUGAGACGCCAUGAAAAGGAGAAAUAUUUCUUAACCGAGGAUGGUGAGAAGGAGGCUUUUCCAAGUCUCCAGGACCCCCACUCCCGGGAGAUUUCCGUGGUGGUGCCAUCCUACAAUGAAGAGCUCAGGUUGCCUGUGAUGAUGGAAGAGACUAUGGAGUAUUUGGAGAGAAGACAGAAGCAGCAGCCUUCCUUUACCUACGAAGUCAUUGUGGUUGAUGAUGGAAGUAAGGAUAAAACCACAGAGGUCGCCUUGAAUUACACUAAGAGAUACGGAGCUGACAAAGUGAGGGUACUGACACUGGUGAAGAACCGUGGCAAGGGCGGGGCUGUGCGGAUGGGCACUUUGAGCUCUCGGGGAAAGCUUGUCCUCAUGGCAGAUGCUGAUGGUGCCACGAAAUUUGCAGACAUCGAGAAGGUGGAGGCAGGCCUGAGAGACAUUAACCCAAAGCCGGAGAAUAUGGCCAUCUCCUGUGGGUCCCGAGCCCACCUGGAGAAGGAAUCUGUUGCACAGCGGUCAGUGUUUCGUACAUUCCUGAUGUACGGGUUCCACUUCCUGGUGUGGUUCUUCUGUGUGAAAGGCAUCAGAGACACUCAGUGCGGAUUCAAGCUCUUUACCCGCGAGGCUGCCUUAAAGACCUUCUCCUGCCUGCAUGUUGAGCGCUGGGCAUUUGAUGUGGAACUCUUGUAUAUUGCCCAGUGCUUUAAAAUACCCAUAGCAGAGGUUGCUGUCAACUGGACAGAGAUUGAAGGCUCCAAAUUGGUUCCUUUUUGGAGCUGGCUACAGAUGGGCAAGGAUCUCAUCUUCAUCAGACUUCGUUACAUCACCGGUGCCUGGAAACUGGAGUCCUCAAGAAAAGUAGACUAGCACGCACAGCUAUGAAUUUAGCUGGAGAUUUGCAGAGAGAGAAGGGUUUGCAUGUCUCCAUGGUAACACACACUGAUAAUGCAAUUAUCACAUACUGUAUAUUCUGUGUUUUAUGUUACCUUUUUUACUGUGUCAAAGAGGAGAGACAGAAAGAUAGAAAGCAGACAUCACAGUGCUUUGUUACUAAGGGAUCAUGUUUUUAUUUUAUAUCAUGGUUUUGGUCAGGUGAAAUGUAAAUGCCAUUCACUAUGUAAUUUCAUCUAGACAGUGUACCUGUGUCUGAUGUUUGACUGAAGAAG